AUGAACAUUACUGAGAAUCCUCAUAUUCAAGUUGUUGCUCAAAUAGGUUCAUCAAGUGCUGGUAUUGAUAUCAUUUCAUCGUCUCGUGACAACAACAACAACAACAACAACAACGACAACAAUUCAUGGUUAUCUUCAAGUAUGAAUUUACUACGGUUUGGUUCAAUCAAAAAGAAGAAAGAUAUAGAAGAUGAUUCAAGUGCUGAUACUUCAAUUUCAAUAGAUUCACCAAAAGAAGAUAGUAUCAUUAUUGGUCAUUGCAAAUGUUGUGGAUCUGUGGUUAAAUAUCCAGAAUCUACAAAAAAAUUUAAAUGUUCAAUUUGUCGUUGUAUCAUUAAUUUAAUACAAUUACCUGAUACAAAUAAUUAUGAAUCUAAUGAAGCUUUAAGUUAUAAAUCUGUUAGGAAUAAGAUUAAAGAAUGUCAAAAACAACAACAUCUUAAUGGUGAGACAAAUCCUCAUAAAAUUUAUAAACCUUUAGAAGAAUAUCUUAUACAUUGUUUUGGAACUUUUAAAAUAUUAAAUAAUUCUUUCAAAUUAAAUAAAAAUGAAUCUCAUUUAAGACAUUCAACUCCAAAUAUUAAUUUUAAAGAAGUUAAAGAUACAUUUCUUUUGAUUUUAUCACUUCCAACUAAAAAACCAUUUAUGAAGUUAUUAAUUGCAUCAAAUGAAUUAUUAUUAAGACCAAAUGAAUUAUUAAGUUCAGCUUCAGAUUUAAAAUGGUUGUUAAUCUUGUGGGAAAUCCCCACUUUACCACAAUGUCUUUAUCAUAGUAAAAAACAAUCUUCAAGUCUUGAUACCCCAGAAGUUAAAUCACUUUCAUACGAAAUUACCAAGAAAAUUAUUGGGUUUAUAUCAAAUUUUGAUUAUAAUUCAUUGAAAUAUUUAGCUGGUUGGUUUAAAAAUUAUUCAAUUGAUCAAUUUAAACAUAAAGUGGAAUUUAUAAAUUUAUACAUUACUUUCCAUUUAACAAGGCUUAUAAAUCAACACUAUAAAGCCACUGGUGGUAUUCAUUCAAAUAUUAAAUCUCCAAGAAUUGAAGCUCCAAGAAGUCCUCAAUAUAAUGAAUAUUCAGAAUCACCAAAAUUAAAUAAUACUACUAAUAGUAGUAAUGAGUCAAGACCAUCAUCAUCUAAUUCAAGACCAUUUCUUAAUUUACCAAUUACAUUUCAUAAUGGGUUUUCAAAUUGGAGCUCAUCAAGAAAUAUAUUUUAUGAUCAUUCAGAAGAUUCAAAAAUUAUUGAUUUUAAAUUAAAAGUUGGUCAUUAUGGUAAUGAAUGGCAUUUAAAAUCUGCUUCAAGAUUAUUAUCAGUUUUGAAUGUUUCAAAUAAGGGGAAAAUACCAGAUUAUUCAUUUUAUAAUUCUUUAGUUGAUUAUAUUAAUGUUAAACAGGAUUUUGAAAUGUGGCAAAAUUCUUUCAAAUUAACAUCUUCAAAUUCAAAAACAACCUCAAAUAAAUUAAUUUUAGAUCUUGCAGGUUUCACUGCACCACCAAAAAGAAUUCCUCAAUUUACAAUAUGUCAAUUCCCAUUUUUAUUAUCAUUAGGUGCUAAAAUUUCAAUUUUAGAAUAUGAAGCAAGAAGAACAAUGGAAAAUAAAGCUGAAGAAGCUUUUAUAAAAGCACUUGAUAAAAAACAAGUUUUAGAUGUUCACCUUCGUAUUAAAGUUAGAAGAAAUCAUAUUUCAAAUGAUUCAUUACGUUGUAUUAAGGAACAAAAAGAUGAUUUGAAAAAAUCUUUAAAAGUUGAAUUUAUUGGUGAACCAGGUAUUGAUGCUGGGGGAUUGAAAAAAGAAUGGUUUGGUUUAUUAACUAAAGAAUUAUUUCAACAAGAAAAUGGAAUGUUUUAUUAUAAUGAAGAAUCAAAACUUUGUUGGUUUGCAGUUUUACCAUUAGAAAAAAAUGAUGAAUUAUAUUUCAUGCUAGGUGCAGUAUUAGGAUUAGCAAUUUAUAAUUCAACUAUAUUAGGUUUACAUUUCCCCUUAGCUCUGUAUAAGAAAAUUUUAGGUAAAAAAGUUGGAAUUGAUGAUUAUUUAGAACUUUUCCCAGAUACUGCAAGAGGAUUAUUAAAAUUAUAUGAAAUUAAUAAUGAUGAAUUGGAAAAUUUAGAUUUAUUUUUUGAAACAACAUAUAAGAAUUAUUUUGAUGAACCAAUAACAAAAGAAUUAAUUCCAAAUGGAUCUAAAAUUAAAGUUAAUAAAUCAAACCUUGAUAAUUAUAUUAAUGAAUGGGUUAAUUUUUAUUUAAAUGAUUCAAUUGAAUCACAAUUCAAAAAUUUCCAAAAUGGAUUUCAUAAUGUUAUUGGUGGUAAUUCAUUAUCAUUAUUUUCACCAAAAGAAAUUGAAUUACUAAUAUGUGGUAAUAAUGAUACUUGUAAAAUUGAUAUCAAUGAAUUUAAAUCAAUUACCAAGUAUCAAGGUUGGUCAACAAGAGAUUUAGCAACUAAUUCCACAUUGAUUAAAUGGUUUUGGGAAUGGUUUGAAAAUUUAAAUUAUCAACAACAAAAAAAAUUCUUACAAUUUAUAACUGGUAGUGAUAGAAUACCUGCAACUGGUAUACAUACAAUGAAUAUAAAAAUAACUAAGAUGCCAAAUUAUGGGCCUUCAAUUAUGAAUAAAUCUAGUUCAAGAUUACCAGUUGCACAUACAUGUUUUAAUGAGUUAUGUAUAUAUGGUUAUCAAACAAGGGAAGAGAUGUGGAAUAAACUAGAUUGGGCAAUCAAUGAAAGUAAAGGAUUUGGAUUAAGAUAG